UAAAAAAAACCCCAAUCAGACACAAAUUUUCGGUUCUAGAGGAAGCAUCCCUCCUUCGGUCUUACCCUUUCUGCAGUUCCUCUUUUAGAUGGCAAAAUCCAGUUCCGUUCCAGUGAGUUUGGCGGGAAUAACCAUUGAUUCAAGCGAGUUUUGGCGGGAGGUCGCCGGAGGAGGGUGGGCGACCGCGGCGGUGCUUCUUCUAGUCCUCUUUUUGCAGCUUGUGAGGGCUUUUACGAGGCGCCGAGCCGUGACUUCCGAUCAGGCGAAUUUGGUUGCAGGGGCUGCUACGGCGAGUUUGGCGAUCGGUAGCAGCACAAGAAGGAUUUUAGGUAUACUAUCUGACGCUGAUUUAAAGGACCUGAUAACUAGUUUGGACGGGAAGAGCAAUGAAAGUGAGAAAUGGGAAGAAAUUAUCACGAAAAGGAAUGACAGCGUUUCCUACCAUGCGAAGUGUUGUAAACCCAAGGAAGGUCCCUUGAAGUACCUUAGUGUGACCAUAUUUGAUAAAUGCCCUACAGAACUGUUACGAGACUUUUAUAUGGAUAGCCAUUACAGAAAAAAAUGGGAUAAGACUUUGGUCGAGUUUGAGCAACUGGAAGCUGAUGAAGCCAGUGGAACAGAAAUUGGCCGCAUAGUGAAGAAGUUUCCGCUUUUGACUCCUAGGGAGUACAUUUUGGCGUGGAAAGUUUGGGAAGGAAAUGAUAAAACCUUCUAUUGCUUUACUAAGGAUUGCGAGCAUCCUUUGGCUCCGCGACAGAAGAAAUUUGUCCGAGUUGGAUUUUUCAGAUCUGGUUGGCGGAUCAGGAAAGUUCCUGGUACAAAUGCAUGUGAAAUUGCUAUGUUGCAUCAAGAAGAUGCUGGACUGAACGUAGAGAUGUCAAGACUAGCUUUUUCUAAGGGGAUAUGGAAUUAUGUCUGUAAGAUGAACAACGCUUUGUUAGAAUAUUCAACCCAUAGCCGAGCCAGUUCACCUGCAGUUGCUACUAUGAAUAAGCUUAUCCGAAAGGUCCCCGAUUUUAUGGAGAGUGAUGUUGGAGCAACUUGUUCAGACCUCUCUAAUACCUCUUCUGAUGGUCCUUUUAGCACUCCAGUCAUUAAAAACGUCUCAGAAAGAGCAAAGUUGAAAUUUCAUUCAAAGUGGAUUACAAAUGGGCUUCUUCUGAUUGGUGGCAUUGCUUGUCUGUCACGCGGCCGGUCCACCCUUGGCACCCAAAUUGCCUUGGCCUGUAUUGUGAAAAAGCUGUUGAAGCAUGGCUCUUCGUCGGAGAAAGCCGAGCCGCCCGGCGAUGCUGCCAGUUCUCGUCGGGAAUCCAGGUUAAGGAAAUGAACUCAAGUCUUUAUUAGCUUUUUAGGCUUCGUUUGGAACGACUUUUUUACUGCUUCUUAAAGCAAUUUUUUAGUACAAAAUUUUUAAUUUUUUAACUAAAAAACAGCUUUAAGAAGCAAUAAAAAACCGUCACAAACGAAACCUUCUUAAUGGUUAAGUGCAAUUGUAAGAAUUGCAAAUUAAUGGAGGUUAAUAUCGUCUCAGAAUCUGCAAUACAAUUGAUUGUAGUAGUUUUGCCUUCUGUAGUUAAGAACUAAUUUUACUGUGAUGUUGGUAUAUGUAUAUAAUAUAGUAAUAAAUUAUUUCUCCUUGUCGGCUUGGAAAA